GGGUAUGCGCUGAGCACUGCAAUAUAUACUCUUAACCGAGUUCCAACCAAGGCGGUUGAAGGAACACCAUACCAGCUAUGGACGGGCAAAUGCCCGGUUCUGUCACACUUAAAGAUUUGGGGCUGUGAGGCUUAUGUAAAACGUCUUAUGAUGAAUGGCAAGCUUGACGCCAAGUCUGAUAAGUGUUUCUUCGUGGGAUACCCAAAGGAAACUCGAGGGUAUUCAUUCUAUCACCCUAUCGAUAAGAAGGUAUUCGUUGCUCGCAAUGGUGUCUUCCUCGAGAAGGAAUUUCUCUCCAACGCAACUAGUUGGAGAAAGAUAGAGCUCGAAGAAAUUCGAGACGACGAAGAAACUACCGCGCCGGUUCUGGAACAUGAGCUAGAGGAACAAACUGUUGUACCUCAUAAUGCUCAAGAUACACAAGAACCCCGUUGGUCUAACCGGUUACGCACACAACCUGAAAGUUGGAACAUCCGCUUUCACGAAACUGUCAUCGGCUUUGGUUUUGAAAGAAAUUCGGAUGAAUCUUGUGUAUACAAGAAGGUCAGUGGGAGUGCUGUAGUCUUCCUUGCUCUGUAUGUUGAUGACAUACUGCUCAUAGGAAACGAUAUUCCUACUUUAACCACCGUCAAAACGUGGUUGAGUAAGAGUUUCUCUAUGAAGGACUUGGGAGAUGCCAGUUAUGCACUUGGGAUAAGGAUCUAUAGGGAUAGAUCACGGAAGCUGUCAGGUCUCAGUCAAAGUACAUACAUAGACAAGCUCCUCGCUAGAUUCAGCAUGUCUGAGUCGAAACGAGGAAGUUUGCCUAUGGUCCAAGGCACGAGUCUUUCUAAGACUCAGGGUGCUUCCACUCCGGAGGAAGUAGAAUGCAUGAGAAAUGUUCCUUAUGCGUCGGCCAUUGGAUCCAUCAUGUAUGCGAUGGUAUGUACGAGACCUGAUGUCGCCUUUGCUCUGAGUGUCACAAGUAGAUACCAGUCCAACCCUGGCGAAAGCCAUUGGACGGUUGUGAAGAACAUACUUAAAUACUUCCAUAGGACUAAGGAUGCCUUCCUAGUAUAUGGCGGAAAAGAAGAGCUCAGUAUUGUUGGAUAUACAGAUGCCAGCUUCCAAACUGAUAGAGAUGACUUCAAGUCGCAGGCAGGACUUGAAGUUAUUACAUUCUCUGAUAUGUGGGGCCGUAUGCUUUGAUUCAUAACUAAUGCUAUCUGAAAUACUGGUAGACGUACAGUUAUGCGUUGGGUAUGCCGCUAAGCAUAUUUAGAGAUGUGAAUAACAGAUA